CUCACAGCCCUGCAGCGCCAGGCGCCGGAAUCUCCACUGAGGCUUUGCCACGGAACAAGUUCCAAAAAUUGAAUUCGCACUGUGAGGGCCCUGGGAGCAAAGACCCUGCCACCAAACCUGCGACUAUUCCCCGGGGCCAUGGACUCGGACGCCAGCCUGGUGUCCAGCCGCCCGUCGUCGCCAGAGCCUGAUGACCUUUUUCUGCCGGCCCGGAGCAAGGGAAGUAGCGGCAGCGGCUUCACGGGGGGCACCGUGUCUUCAUCCACGCCUAGCGACUGUCCGCCGGAGCUGGGCGCCGAGCUGCGUGGAGCCAUGGGCGCGGCGGGCACGCAUCCUGGGGACAAACUCAGUGGCGGUGGCUUUAAAUCGUCCUCGUCCAGCACUUCAUCGUCCACGUCGGCGGCUGCCGCGUCGUCCACCAAGAAGGACAAGAAGCAGAUGACUGAGCCGGAGUUGCAGCAGCUGCGCCUGAAGAUCAACAGCCGUGAGCGAAAGCGCAUGCACGACCUCAACAUCGCCAUGGACGGCCUGCGCGAGGUCAUGCCUUACGCGCACGGCCCGUCGGUGCGCAAGCUCUCCAAGAUAGCCACGCUGCUCCUGGCGCGCAACUACAUCCUCAUGCUCACCAACUCACUGGAGGAGAUGAAGCGACUGGUGAGCGAGAUCUACGGCGGCCACCACGCCGGCUUCCACCCCUCGGCUUGCGGAGGCCUGGCGCACUCGGCGCCGCUGCCCGCGGCCACCACGCACCCGGCUGCAGCCGCUCACGCCGCGCACCAUCCCGCCGUUCACCACCCUAUCCUGCCGCCCGCCGCCGCCGCCGCCGCCGCUGCCGCCGCCGCCGCCGCCGUGUCUAGCGCUUCGCUGCCGGGCUCAGGGCUGUCGUCUGUGGGCUCCAUCCGGCCUCCGCACGGCCUGCUCAAGUCGCCGUCAGCGGCCGCAGCCACCCCUUUGGGAGGCGGGGGCGGCGGCAGUGGCGGCAGUGGCGGCUUCCAGCACUGGGGCGGCAUGCCCUGCCCGUGCAACAUGUGUCAGGUGCCGCCGCCCCACCACCACGUGUCGGCCAUGGGCGCGGGCACCCUGCCGCGCCUCACCUCCGACGCCAAGUGA